AUGGGCGGCGGGGCGCUAUCGGGAGCGCUGUGGUUGGGGUUGCUGUGGGCCGGGAGCGGGGCCGGGGGGAGCUGCUCGGGAAAGUGCUGCGAGGGCCGGGACGCCGCCUGUGUCGGCGAGGGAUGGAGGGAGGGAGGGGGCUACGGGACCUGCUACUGCGACGGAGGAUGCCGGCGAACCGGAGACUGCUGCCACGACCACGGCCAGGCGUGCCCGGCUCUUCCAUGCAUUGUGGGGGAGUGGAGUCACUGGAGUGGCUGUGCAGAACAAUGUCAACCGGAUCUGCGGAUACGUAGGCGCUACGUACAACAGGAACCUAAAAAUGGUGGGGAACCUUGUCCUGCUCUAGAGGAGAAGGCUGGCUGUCUGGAAUACCUGACUUACCAGGGAGAGGACUGCGGCCAUGAACAUGUCCCUGCUUUCAUAACUACCUCUGAAUACGGUAAAGAAAGAAAACGACGAGCAGCAUCUUCUCUCUGGCCUUCAGACAAAGAAACAGCUGGAUAUUGUGUGGAAUUUAAAACAGAAUCACUUUCACACCACUGUGCUUUGGAGAAUCGGCCAUACGCUCGAUGGAUGCAGUACCUACGAGAAGGACAUACUGUGUGUGUAGCUUGCCAGCCUCCAGCUAUGAAUACUGACACGCAUCGUUGUUCUGGAGAUGGCCAUAAUGCAGAUGGAGGUAAAAUCUUACACUGGGAAGCAGUUGGCAACUCUCAGUGCCAGGGAACCUGGAAGAAGAUUCGGCAACUGGAGCACUGUUCAUGUCCCCUUGUGCAUAGCUUCAUUUUUACAUAA